UGACAUCCGCACUAUCAUCAUUCAUCAAAUCAUCACCGUCUCAACCGUUGAAUUCUUAAAAUAUUAACAUACCCCAAAAAAAACCAAACACUAUAUAUAAUAUCAUUCAACUUCUUUUUCCCUCAAUUUUGACUUUCCUGAAUUGUAAAUCUUGCAGAAUUUUAACUACAGAGAGAGAUAUGGUGCAGCGUCGAAGUAUUAUUAGUUUUCCUGUUAUAUGGAGGGAGAAGAAGUUUGUGUUAGAAAUAAAUGCAGAGGCAUCUCUGAAGAGGUUGGGAGAGGAACUGCAGACUUUAACUGGUGUUAAAGCUGAUACAAUUCGGUUGAUUAUUCCUCAGCAAUCCACUAAAAGUUCGAGGUUGUUGAUGCCGUUCUCUGACGAGCAUUCUAAUCUUAUGCUACACGAUGCCGGAAUCAUAGAGGGUAAGCCGUUAAGGAUGAUGGGAGUCUCCAAGAGUGAGAUUGAUGAUGUUCUUAAAGAUGCCGAAGCAAACCUGAGGAUUGCUGGAUUUGAGGAAGAGGAAAAGAGGAUUAAGCAACGGAUGUCCAAGGGUUCCCGUUUCCCAUUGAAACUACCACAAGGGGCUUACAUCUUCUGUGAUUUCCGUACACUUGAAUUACCUGGAGUAGAGUUAAAUCCUCCACCCUCAGAAGCAUUGAAAAGAAUGCAUAUGCUUGCAGCUGACGCAGGAAUUGUUGCUAUCAUGAACAAGCAUCGUUGGCGAGUGGGGAUCAUGACAGAGAUGGCUCCUGUUGGUUAUGUUGGUGUUAGCCCCAAAUGCCUUUUAGGUUUUAAUAAGAAUCAGGGAGAGGAAAUAUCUCUUCGUCUACGGACUGAUGACCUAAAGGGAUUUAGAAAAUAUGAAAGUAUCAAGAAAACUUUGCUGCAUGAACUUGCUCACAUGGUCUACUCUGAACAUGAUGCAAACUUCUAUGCUCUUGAUAAGCAGCUGAAUCAAGAAGCUUUUGCUUUAGACUGGACAAAAUCAAGGAGUCAUACCUUGGCUGAUUCUCGGUUUUCGGAAGAUGAUGAUUUGGAUAUGGACCUUGAUUUGGAUAGCAGUUGGCCUCAGAAGCUUGGAGGAGAAACUUCACUUAUGUCUGCUGGUGCUCGUGCGGCUUCGGUGGCUGCUGCUUAUCAUCGUUUAACAGAUUCUUCCACCCUCUCUCAAGGAUCUUCUGCGCAUGAUGUGCCAAACUCUAACAAUCAUACAGGUGACGCUUAUGGCACUUUAAUCCCAGUUGAUGCGUUGAAGAACGAAGAGCUGCUUAUUCAGAAUCAAUGUGAUGUGCCAUAUUCUGGAGUUGUUGAUGGUGUAUAUAUGGUGAAGCCCAGCUCUGAUGACACUGAGAUGAGAGCUGUUGUCCCCGAAUCUACUGCAAGUAGAAGCUUCGAUGGUGCAACUGUGCAUGAGGAGCCUGAUCCUGAUGAUUCAGAAGUUUCUGAAAAUGGAAUGGUAGCUCCGGCUGAUAAGUCUUUGACAAUGCAGAACGAGAUCACUGAGAAAAGGAAUGUGACAACUAUAAGUGUACCUGAUCCUGAUGAUUCUGAAGCACGAUAUUAUCUAGGAAAUGCUAUAACAGCUGUGCCAAUGACUGUUACUGAAGAAGAUCAAUUACAACAGAGAAAGGUCCAUGUGGAACCAGAUCCAGAUGAUUGUCAAGGGAAGAAUGCAGGACAAACACAGCCUGAUCCUGAUGAUAAGGUUGAGCCCCUGCUGCAAAUGCCAGAUUUCAUGGCUGAUGAGCCAGAUCCAGAUGAUGAAAUAAGGAGGAUCCAAGACCCUGCAGCCAUGUUCUUUAAUCGACUUAACAAAGCCAUUGAGUUUCUGCGUACUGGACUUAACCCCUCAGAGGCCAUGGUGGUCCUACAGACUCUGCUGAAAAUAAUCAGAAAUGUUUCUGAAAAUCCUAAUGAGAUGAAGUACAAAAAACUCCGCAAGGCCAAUCCUUUUCUCCAGAGGAGCAUAGCAAAUCAUGAAGUUGCCAUGGAAGUUCUCUUCUUGAUUGGUUUCAGUGAAGAAGUUAUCACUGAUGAAAUGGGGAAGGCUGAAAGAUACUUGGUAUUAAAACGGAAUGAUCCGGGUUUACUAUGGCUUGCAAAAUCUUCUCUUGAGACGAGCAUUGCAACGUGAUUAGUGAGCUCGUGACAUAUAUAGAUCAUAAAGCAUUUGAUUAAGUGCUUAUGGAAAUCUCCUGUGUUGUAUUUUAUUGUACAUUUCAUAUAGCAAUAAAGAUAUCUUGAGCUGUAAAUGGUUAUUUGAUUUCACAUAUAGUUAUUGUCUUGUUACCACAUAUAGUUGGAUGCAGUCUAGAGUUUCUGCUAAUUGAUGCAGCAUUAUAUGUAAAAUGGUCUUUAUUGAAUAAAUUGUAAUUGUUAGGCUGGUGAAUUGGCUGUUUGCAGCACGUCUGUUAUGUUUACCGACCUCUUUAUCAUAUACUCUUUACUUUCCUGGAUUCAUUCUACUAUUGGAACA